UAGUACUGUAUCUAUAUAAGGUUAUCAUAUCUUAUAGAAUAAUCGAAAUAUAUCGAAAUUUUAUCGGUCAAAUGUAAACGAAUAUUUUUACUACAAACCAAUGUGAACAUGGCAAAUUUUGAAAACGAAGGAAAUGUAAGUGACAGAGAAUUAAAUGAAAGCAAUGCUGGUAUCGGCGGAGAAAAUUCUCAGGAUUCUCAAGAGGAGGUAGAAAAUAAUAUGCGAACUGAUGAAGAACAAAAGGAAAAGUUAGUGAGGUUACCACUAGGUAGAAUAAAAACAAUUAUAAAAAUGGAUCCUGAAGUGAACAUGAUUAACCAAGAAGCCGUUUUUUUAAUUGCAAAGUCUACGAUAUUGGAGCUGAUGAGUAGUAACGCACAAUAUUAUCACUGUAGUAACAUGAUGAUAUACAUAAUCAGCACUGAAUGACUGAACUUCACACGGGGGGGGGGAGGAGGACUGAUCAUCCAAAAACUGACUAAUACGCAAAUCAGUUAAGCAGGGAAAAAUUAAAAUUAAUCGAAUGAAAUUUAAUCAAAUAUUUUGAGAUUAAAUAGUCACAACAACAGUACUUCUUUGAAAUAAUUUCUUCUGUAUUACAAAGAUUUUGUAGAAAAGGUACUUUAUUUAAAGAGAAAAUAUCAAUGAGCUUAAAUUUUUGAACAAGAAUUUUAAAGAAAUUUUUUUUCUAUCGUCGUAUCGUUCCUUUGCAUACAACUUUUCUCUAAUACAUUUUUAUUUCCAAAAAAUAAUAAACAUACUUAAAUACUUCGAA